AUGAGGAAGGCAGCGCUGGUGGUUUGGAUCAGCCUUUUGGUACAAGUGUCCCACGGUGCUCAGGGACAUUAUGCUCGCAAACUCCUGGCUGACCUGAUGGAGAACUACUCCAACGCUCUAAGGCCAGUGGACGACACAGACAAAGCCCUCAAUGUCUCCCUGCAGAUCACCUUGUCACAGAUCAAAGAUAUGGAUGAAAGGAACCAGGUGCUGACCACGUACCUGUGGAUCAGGCAGGUCUGGCAUGAUGCCUACCUGAAGUGGGACAAGGAGGACUAUGACGACCUGGAGAUGAUCAACAUCCCCAGCGACCUGGUUUGGAAGCCCGACAUCGUCCUCUACAACAAGGCAGACGAGGAUGCAGGUGCAUCCAGCACUAAUGUGAAGCUGCGUUAUAAUGGAGAGAUCGUCUGGGACUCUCCAGCGAUCACAAAGAGCUCAUGUGUGGUGGACGUCUCCUACUUCCCCUUCGACUGGCAACAGUGCAAGCUCACCUUCGGCUCCUGGACCUACAAUGGCAACCAGGUGGACAUCAGUUUGGGGAUGGACCACGGCGACCUGUCGGACUUUGUGGAGAACGUGGAGUGGGAGUGUCACGGCAUGCCGGCGGUCAGAAAUGUCAUGAUGUACGGCUGCUGCUCCGACCCCUACACCGAUAUCACCUACACCCUGCUCCUGAAGCGCCGCUCCUCUUUCUACAUCUUCAACCUGCUCCUGCCCUGCUUCCUCAUCUCGUUCCUGGCCCCGCUGGGCUUCUACCUGCCGGCCGACUCGGGGGAGAAGGUUUCCCUCGGGGUGACGGUGCUGCUGGCGCUCACCGUGUUCCAGUUGCUGGUGGCUGAGAGCAUGCCUCCUGCAGAGAGCAUGCCCUACAUAGGGAAGUACUACAUAGCCACCAUGACUAUGAUCACAGCCUCCACGUCUCUCACCAUCUUCAUCAUGAAUAUUCAUUUCUGUGGCGCCGAGGCCAAGCCGGUCCCUCACUGGGCUAAGGUGCUCAUCAUUGACUACAUGUCCAAAAUCUUCUUCGUCUACGAGGUGGGGGAGAACUGCACCACGGCUGAGAGUGAGAAGACCCCGCUGUACCCGGAGGAACCCGCCAACGACGGUGGCAGAGGCGGCCACCGCGACAACCAUUUCCCUGAAUACCACCACAACGGCGACCCGUACGAGUACAGCAACGGCCACGGCGUGCGCCAUCACGGCAAGCAUCACAAAAGCCAGGCGAAUGGCAACGCCAACAACAGCCGCCACCAGUACAACCACAACAGCAACCACACAGCCAGGCUGGAGAGGGGCGAAGGGAAGCGAGAGCCCACACAGCGCUACCACCACAUUGGGAGGGACGAGUUGGACUACCAGGCCUCUCCUCAUCCGCGAAACCUCCGACACCUCAACAGAGGGCCGAAGGAGCAACUCCUCUACCCCACGGAGAAACUUGAAGUCCCAGCCUGCCCCUGCUGCUGCCCCUGCCUCCAGCAUAAACAGGUGGUGAAGAACAUCCAGUUCAUCGCCAACUGCUUCCGUGAGCAGAAGGCCACUUGUGUCAAGGCCGCAGAGUGGAAGAAGGUUGCCAAGGUGAUGGACAGGUUUUUCAUGUGGAUAUUCUUCUUCAUGGUCUUCCUCAUGAGCAUCCUCAUCAUCGCCAAGGCAUCCUGACAGCCUCCAUCAUCUUAUUACCAUUGCGAUAACUUCCGUCCUCCCGUCAUCGCUGGAGCUCAGCACUACUCAAGACUCAUCCUCAUUUUUACUUUGAUGCAACACCAAAUUACUGUUUUAUAUGUGUGUCAGCAUUGUGUUGUGUGUGUGUGUGUGUGUGUGUGUGUGUGUGUGUGUGUGUGUGUGUGUGUGUGUGUGUGUACGCGUGUGCAGGUUCAUUGUUACUUUUUUGCUUUGACAUAAAGAGGAAAAGGUCACCGCGCACAAGUCAUCCAAUUAACCGCGCGGGCGCGGGGAGCUCAUCAAAGCCUCUCGCUUCAUUAACGUCAGGUGUGCUUGCAUGUGUGACGGAGCAGUUGAGCGGUUAGACAAUCCCGGCCACGCCUUGAACAUGCAUGAACUCUCCAUUAUGGAUGAGCUAACAGAGAGACAUCCAGCUAUAGGCGUCUUAUUACUUACACUACGUUUUAGGGUGAAUGGAUGAUGCCAUUUUCCAGA